AUGGGCGCGUUAUCUGGCUACGUUCCUUCUUCUCUCCAGGCAAAACUCGAUAGAAACAAGAUGUCUGCAUUUGAUCAGAAUCCCUACUCUAGUCUUGAUGAAGACAAUGAUGUCAGAGCAUUCACUGACGACGAAGACGACAGCCUGUACUCCUACGACGCCGAAGCUGAAUGGGAGGAGAGCAAAGAGCAAUUAAGCGCACUAUUCUCAAUGGUCAUCUUCCCCUUUGUUGGUAAAUGGCUCGGCAAGAAGUUCUCAUUCUGGCUGUGGUCGAGAUAUCUAGGCUCUAGAACGCCAUUCACACAACGCUACUCUAUUCUAUCGACUCAAAUGGUGAAUUCAGUGAAGCGCAUUGCUUGA